UAUCCCAUCCACAAUAACUUAACAAGCACUACACACGAUCACUUACUCAACUACAAAGUUGACUUAGAUGUUGGUGGAAGACAAAAUUCCUACGAGACUAUCGAAGUCACAACAGAAAACGUAACUGACAAAUGGCUACCGGAGAAAAACAGAUACUUUGUCAGGAAAGUCUUGAAACGUACCACCAAAAAGACCGAGCAAGAGGCAGCAUACAAAUUCAACUUUGACCGUCCAAAGUAYUUGAACUUCUACAAUGAAAAAAAGAAAAACAAAAUGGGUGUGUCAAAAGGAUACAGAAUCCAGCUGAAUGGUAUCAUGAAGCAGUUGUAUCCAGAAGACUGGAUAAUGGUACCGAUGAUAAGUUGGUCUCUGUAUCAGUUGGCUGUUACMAGGUACAAAGACAGCGAAAGACAAAGCUCUUCGCAGUACAACCAAAACUCUCCGAGCGAUCCUCACGUYGAUUUCAGAACAUUUCUAGYAGACAACGAAUCUAUUGUCAAUGAAGAUCUUGUUGCUUGGGUAACCACUGGAAUGAUGCACAUCCCUCAUUCUGAGGAUAUUCCCAACACAGCCACGGUUGGAAGUWCAGCAGGGUUUUAUCUUCGUCCUUUUAACUACUUUGAUGAGGAUCCAUCGAUGGGUUCGAGUAAUGCCAUCUUGAUAACACCCACUGACAAGAACUACAGUCCUUCAUUCCAACGUUUUGGUACCCCGACUGGUCCUGUCUGUGUUCCUAAGGAAUAUCCUGUUACUUUUGAUGGUCGAAACAACAAAUAACGAUGAACGGUUUGAAUCUUUACCCAAAAGUGCAUGAAACCUAUUACUUUUAAAUUGUUGUUUCUACGUCAUCAUGAGCUCUGUACGCCAUUACUAUGGUCCAGGGAGACAUGGGGCUGAAGGAAAGAAGCGCGCUAGGGUKUACUAUAAUCCAUGCGUUUUUUCUACGAGAACGCCUCACUUUUUUUCUAGUAAUUCAAACAUAUGUCAAAAAAUAAAAUAAAAGUGAGUUAAGUCGAUGRCGUCAUGGACUGUAAAAGUCUUUACCAAAUUUAAGGAAAAUAUAUGAAUGAUUUUGUAAUUCCUAUAGGUUCUUUUAGGCCUAUCUACUAUAGGUCACCUAGGUUUAACUCCUAGAGUGAUCGCACUUAAUCCGUGCAACUGUAUAAACUAAAUAGUUCUAUUUAGUUGUAUUUAGWAAUCGUAGUAACUUUGAAUAAAUCGGCUAUGAAGAUG